UGGUGCUGUACACACUUGCUGCAUCCUUCUUGCGAACACACGCAGGCAGUAAGAGUGGAGCAGGGAUGUGUGGCGCUCCGCUCUGCUCUGUUCGUGGAGCUCAGUAUGCAGAGAGGGGAUGCAGCAGCCACCAGUGACUCUUUUCCCCCCGCUCUCCAUCCAUCUGCCCCCUUCCUCCCAUCUGCCCUCCCCCUAGCCUUUCCAUUUAACUUCCCACCCUUCCUCCACUCCUCACUUACCGCCCACUCUUCUGCAGCGGUUCCUCAGUACAGACUGGGAGCUGUCCUACCUACAGCAGCUGUGCAGGAUGUGAGGGAAGCAGAUGGCUGUCAGACGUGCAUAGUGUGUCUGCUGUGGCUCAAGUUCUGUGGUGGCUCACCGCCAGCCUCACACUCUGAAGUUUUUGUGAUUAACAAGCAAACUCACAGUCUGUGCAUGUCUCCUGGAGUCAGCGCAUUUACUGUGGGCUCAAGCUUUUGUGAAUAUAUUCGUGAUGCUCCCAUGAUCAGUGAUGUACAAGAGAGAUGGCCAGCUCUCUUUGAUGUAAUGGAUAUAAACAUAGAGCUCAAGCUUAUCACAACUAUGCCUCUACAGUCAAGGUUUCUGUCACAGCUUGACCUAUAUCCACAAAUCUGCUAAGGGUGUUCCCAAAGCGAUCAGGGCAGCAGGGCAAAAAGCUUGAAGACAUGGCUGCCAUGAUGAUAGAUGACAUCAAUGCUGGCGGGGAGUGCGCCAUAAAAGGACUCUGCAUCUAUGUCAACAAGGAUCCUGAGGAUCUGGUGCAAGCGUACAUGUUGGGUUUUCAGGAUGAUAGCAGGGUGUGUGGGCGUGGCUGAGGACAGCAGCAGCAGCAGCAGACAGAAGCAGUCAUGGAGGUGGAGGGCACUGCGGAGCCAGCCUUUGUGGACGUGGACCAGGGUUUGACUCUGGCCUGCAUCGCCUUCCUCUGCCUGCUGCUGGUGGCCAUGAUCAUCCGCUGUGCCAAGGUCAUCAUGGACCCCUACAGCGCUAUCCCCACCUCCACAUGGGAGGAGCAGCACCUGGAUGACUGAUGGUGUAUGGGUGUUCCUCCACGCAGCCAUGCAUGACAAAACCCCCACCUGGAGAAUAGAGGGUUCUUCAAAGGUUCUUUGAGGAGGCACGGCUUCUGCAUGACUCAACAAUCAUUACAUUAGUUUAAAAAAAUUAGCAAGCAAAAAAUCUAGUAAAUCUGAGUACAUAUUAAAAGGUUGUUUUGACAGUGCCAGUUUGGAUCCUUUCAGUUGUUAAAAAUUAAUGAAGUAUUACUGAAAAAUACACAUCUUUUUUGGUACAGAACCUCUUUUGUUUAGAAUGCAUUUUCUAAACUGCUAUAGCACUGCUAUAGUACAAGCCCUAAGAACCAUGUCCUGAUACUUUCUGGAACAGUUUUUAAGUUUAUCCAUUGUGAAAAGGUUCUUCAUAGUACUGUAGAGCAUUCUUUUGUAUUAAAGGGAGAAACCUCCUUUCUGGCACUAUAUAGAAUAUUUUUGUUCAGAGAAGAGAAAUACAUACAAACCAGACAUGACCAAGCAACCUACACAUCUAGUAGAAUGUAUACUGGGAGGAUCAAAUAUAAUGAUUGCUUUACCUACACAUGGAGCGAGGAGGAGAAGGAAAGCAGGAAGUUUCUGCGAUUCUGGCUGCUGACAAAGCCAUUGAUGGGGUGAUACUAUUACCACUAAAGAAAAAAGCACAUAAACUUGGCCUUUUUGUAUCUACCUAGAGCUGUCUUCAGGAGCACACACAGUCAGUAAUGGCUGACUGUCAAGUGGACACAAACAGACUGCACUUUCCCUUUACAUCUGUACAUAUUGGAAUGACAAAUUAACUGAGGAUGAAGAUGAAGAAAAAAAAAUACAAGACUUGUAAAGUUCUGGGGCAAUAUAAACAGGCUGUGUUUUUACAGCUUGUACAAGAUUGGAAAAUAGAACAAAAAACACCAGUGUGUUUGAUAUGGAAACAACUUAUCAUGAAAAAAAUAGUCAAACAAUCCACAGUCUGUAAUUUUUGACGAGCCAUUAGCCUGACUUAAAGGAUCAUUCCUGUUUAUUACAACUUGGGUCUUAUAUUUUGGUCUAGCUGCUGAGAUCUGGAAACAUGCGGACAUUGCUACGACAUAGUCCGAUGGGUCAACAAGCACGAGCAGUCAGAUGAUCAGGCAGGUUGGAAACAAGCCCCCAGGUUAGCCAAAUUUACUGUAUUUGGAAGACAAAAUGUUUGCAAACUGUUUGUUUUAAACAUCCAUCAUAGUCUCCAGACAGACUCUCUCCUUCAUAUAUGAACUACCAUAUUCCCCAUAGUGGUUUAGAUACUCUGACUGAACUGUUAGCUUGUUCAUAACCUGACUGCUCAUGUUCCCAUAUCCCAGCAGCUGUUGCCAUAAUAGAAACAAAGGCUAAAACUACAAAAACAAUAGCCAAAUUGUAGUAAACCAGGAAUACAUACAAGCUUUGAAGAGAUAGUUUGUUAUGUAAUGAAAAUAUAGACAUUAGCAUUUCUGUGUGAGAUGUGACGCUGAGGCCAUGUAGGGCAGGGUUAGUGCUUUUGCUCAUUUUAGUGUAUUCUAAAGUGUUAGCAUGGAGCCUAUCAUGCUAAGAUAUUCCACCAUUUUGGAGGAUUGGAGGCAAAAAUCUAAAUUUAAUGUUGUCAUUACUUAACAGUUAAAUUGGCAAAGAAUAGUCUACCAAAACUUGAUUACCGUAAGACAGGAUAAGUUUAAUGUGACACUCCACUGAUUUUCCAUGUCAAAGUCAGUUUAUUUGCCAUGGGAAGUACCAGUAAGCUUUUGAAAAGUCCAGUGUCUCAUUGGGGCGAGCAGCAGUUCCAGUAGGUUCUGUAACUCAAUGCAAUCUCUGACUAAGUAUUAGAUUUAUUCGUUUUUCAGAAAAAUUUUCUUGGGGUUCAACAUCCAUAUUUUAAGAUAAAUGAGUAUCUAUUACAGCACUUGCUAUAGAAAGUUGAAACCUUUAUGAUUCCCUGCAACAAAAAAGUACAGCUCCAGUGAACGACAGUGCAACACACAGACUUAUUAUAACUUGGUUUCUUCCUGAUUUAUCCACCAAACCUUUUUUUUAAACGUAACUUUUUAAGGUGAAAUCGCCCUUUUUUAUGUUUUCAUAAGCAAAGUAAAGCUUUCACAAAUCUGAAAGUGGGUUUAAACAGCAUUAAGGCUUUUGCUACCAUGCCUAACACUUUUUCAUAAGUGUAAGUGGUAAAAAAAUAGCCGCUAAAAAUCAUUAUUUAUGUUUAUCUUUGUACUCUCAGGCUACUGUCUUCAACUGUGUCAGUGAUCAAACCAAACAACCAAUCAGAGGAGCAGACCAUCUAUUCCAUCACUGCUCCAAAGUCUACAAAGUCAACUUGAUGAGUGGGCGAGUGUUGAGCAGUUGCGAGUGUGUAGGGAGGGUUGAGCUUGCGUUCGUCACAGCCCUGUACUUGUGGGACCGCAUUUGUGCACAAGGAGCAGAAAUACUCCCUUGCAAGGAUGUUUUCUGCUCGCGGAUGCUGUUCUGUGCACUUGCAGAGCAGAAAUGCUCCCUGGCGAGGAUGGUUUUCAGCUGGUGGAUACUGUUCUGUGUGCUUGUAUCACAUACGUGCACCAGGUUUCUAUGUGUGCGGCUUUUAAGACUAAUUAAACACCAUAAAAAAUGAUGACUUUCUCAUAGAACUUGAUUGACUUGUAUUUGCUUGAGAUUCAGUGUCUGAGUAUAGAGUAUCUAUUGAGCAUUAACGCUCAGACAAUCUGUGGCCAUUUAGCCUUUACAGUAGCAGUCGUGUUUGAUUAUGUGUCACUGCCACAUCAUGUAAUCUCCUGUUACUGAAUAAAAUGUGCACACACAUACACACAGAGCUGCAAAACAGACAUCUCAUACUGUGUGAUACGUCAUGGCUCAUGGCAGUAUGAACUAUUGCACCCACACUGUUGCUUCUACUUAUAAAUUGGCCUUGUUUGCCUUCCCUGUCUCAGCCAUUAGUUUAGAACAAGCUGAGGUGUUCUUGUUGUUGUUAUGUGAAUCUGUCUCUGACUUAUAAAUCUGCACAGAAAGCAUUCAUCAUGUAUGAAAUGAUUGCCAGUUUGCAUGUUAUGAAGUGCCUAAGCUUACAGUUAACUACAGAAGGGCCAUUUAGCACGAUGCUGAGUUCCAUAUCAGCCCCCGGGGCACUUUACCUUCCCUUCCUUGGAAAAAUGAACUUAUUGUGGAUGGGAAAAUGGCACAUUAUGCUUCUCUUAA